AUGACCCUACGCCGGAUAGCGCACGAGGUGGUCAGCAUUCCUAUCGAAGAACUGCGUGCCGUAAAUGAGGAGCCGCUGGCAAGCAUGCCAGCCGACGCUGUUCUCGAGCCCGGCACGAAGGUGAGGUUGCCUGUGGUCUUGGACUAUCAGGGCAGUCCCUACGGAAUGGCGCUGCACCUGGGUAGUGCCGAGGCGCAGCUGCAGGACUGUGAGGCGCUCCUUGACUCUCUCGUGAGCUCUUGGGAGGGCGAAUACGGCUCGCACAGUUUGGAGUGCCUUCCUCCACGUAAGGUGUGCUCGCAGACGGAGGCGGUGUUGGCCAAGGUGCACGAGGAGGCGAUUCGGCAACUGCCCAAGGUUGAGGCGGGUCUUCAGCGGUUGGGGAAGCGAGAGGCAAAACUGCCGCUUCUGGUGGAAGUCGGGGCGAUCAAGGCAGCCGAGAGCGCCAUCGAGGAGUCGUUCCAGCGAGCCGUCGCGGGGCUCGAGAGUUUCAAGAAGGAAAAUGAAGCCUGUGGAAGAGUCGCUCCGGCAUUGUUGAGCUCUAACGACCUCAUCCCGGCCUCCCUCCACACGAAGCGCGACGAGGGCGAAGACUACUGCGUCAUGCACACACACCGGUGGGAGUUCGCGGUUCAUGGAGUGCGCUCAAAGGAACCGCGUGAGGUUUGGGCGGUGCUCUCCUGCCAGCCGCUCGUGGCGCUGCUGGACGCGAUCGACUGCCCGACAGCACGGGACCCGCUUACCACCUCACGAAAUGCCUUCCUCUUCAUCCACGGCGUCUUCUACAUCGAUGACCGGCAUCGAUCGCACGCGGACUUUGUCGACCUCAGCGAGGUUAUCCGGAGAAACGACCCUUUGCAGGACGCGUCGAACUUUCACGCUCUCGAGCACCAGGGCUUCGCUCGGUGCCCCGUGAAGAGCGCGGCAGAGAUCACUUUCAAGGACCUCAACAUCAAGAUGGGUGAGUCGUGCCUGCUGCGGCACUGCGGCGGGUGCGACCACUACUUCUUCCUGUCGCAUGCCCGAAGCCUGAGCGGCUACCCGCGCAAGGAGCGAAAUGAGUUCCCGCACCGGGUGGCCAAAGUACGAGAGCAGGCAAGGCGGUGUCUGCUCUGUCGAUUGUUUCCCGCCACGGUUGCGCUCUACGAGGACCCACUUUCACCUGAGAGUCCGGCCUUUUACUGCGCGGUAUGCUUUGAUCUUCUGCACAGCAGCGACACUCCCGAGGAGGCGGCGCAGUACCAGCGACGUGAAGCAAAGGACUUUGGUGAGGUUUACUUCAAGGCGACGUAG